AUGGCCAGCAUUGCAGAUGUAAUCAUUCUAUCGUCCUCUCCAAAUCCACCGCGGUCGCCAAGGCUGGGUAGGCAUGAUGCAAAGCCGGUAUCUCACGUCUUGCCACGAAGUGCAACGCCACCGCCAAUACGUUCGACAUCCGAUUUGGCUCAAUCUCAUACACGUUCCCGUUUUUUUCCCACUCCAAUUGCGAGCACCAAGUGUCCUGAGGACGCGACGAAGCCUAAAAAGCGAUUGACAAAGAAGGAUCCUACUUCAAGCACCAGCAACCAACCCGUACCGAGCAAACCGCGGCGGAAGGCGAAGAAAGCCGUCGAUGGGCUAAAAGCAAUUGCGCCUGGGGACCCCCAGCCAGAGACUGUUGGCGCAAAAAUUGACGCAGUGAAACCGACCAAAGGGCGUCCUCGAAAGAAUGCCAAGAGCAACGGUGCAGGGAAUAUGACUCUGGCCGGGAAAGUCACGAAGACAAGCGGCGAUCCACCAGCAAAGAAAUCCAGCACAGGUGGGAAGAAGACGGUUGCUACAAAAGUAUCUCCUUCGGAGGAUGUGUCCGGGAAAUCUACUCCCAAGGAAACCAAUGCCUUAGGAAAGGAUGAGGUGUUGCAUCUGGACGAGGCAGUAAGAAGAAGGAUGGACUGGACACCACCAAGGGAGACUGCUUGCGAUUAUGAGGAAAUCGCUACUGUGAACGAUGGUGGAAGCCAGGAUAAAGAUCGUGAUCCGAACCUUGCACGUGGGUUUGGCAAGCUGUUAUCCGAUUAUAAUUACUCUGGGUUAGCUUUGAAUCCCCGCGACCUUGUGCAUAAUGCAAAUGGCGGAGGACCAACAAAGCGUCGACGGAUAGAGCUGGUCAAUCCUGAAAUCCAAGCAUUAUCCAAUGGAAGGUGCUCUGAUUCAACUGAUCAGACAUCUGCUGAAGGAGAGAACUCAGGAAAGCCCAAAAGAACUGCCAAGGGUAAACCUAAGAGGUUUACCACCUUAACGGCGCGCAUGACUGCGCAAUAUUCAACAAAUGACGUAGAAGAGGAUGAUCUGGUGAUUGAUUGCCUUCCGGGCAUCAGAACGACAAAAGGAAAACGAAAAACGGCCAAAGAGACAGAGAAACAGUCUCCGUUCACUGUACUUUCCCCGGAAGCGGCUGUCGAAUUUCUGAAUGAUCAAGAUCUUGUAUUUGGCACCUGCAGUCAGUUGGAAAGAGAUGAUUCGCCGCAGACUCUACGAGAAACUCAGCAAGCCAUCCGCGCCUCCGAAGGUCUUUCGCAUCCAGAGGGAACGCGCGAUAAGGACCAUAGGCCGAUCCAAGAAUCAUCUACCCGUUCUGUAUCAAGGUUGGCAGGCACCAGGAAUCUGUGGUGUGUUGGCGCCAGAGACACCGAAGGAUCUUUGAUUCAACCAGAAACACUAAGCGUGGUUGACUUGACGGAUGGUGGAGAACCUACUGCAAAAAAGAGUCAUGACAGCGCGGAACAAGCAACCCCAAAGCCUCUUCAGAAGGACUGGCUUGACCUUGAAUUCGCAGACAUAGAUUCACCACCAGAAAAGAGACCAUCGUCGCUACCAUUGACCGAAAAGGGCUUGGAUUCAGACACGCAGGUUCAAACUCCAGCUCCGGUUCCGGCAGCUGCAGCUACGACCAUGACCAAGGGCAAAACUGCGAAGCCUGCAAAAGAAGCCAAUAAUACCCCGACUGAAGCGGUUUGCUCCCAACCAACUGCCUCCCAGGCGCCCUCAAUGCCACAAUAUACGGGAUUUACAGACGCCGAAUUGUCUAAACAGAUCUCCACUUAUGGCUUCAAGGCAAUCAGGGGCCGCAAGAAGAUGAUUGAUCUCCUUCAACAAUGUUGGGAAUCGAAGCAUGGUAGCAAUGCUACCUCUGACAGCCAGCCUAUAUACCAAACCGAGCAACACAAAGAACCUGCAUCUAAAGUGGACAAUGUCCCCAAGCCCACCGGAGCUGCGAAGAAGAAGGCGACAGCGAAGUCUAAAUCUGGAUCUACAAAGAACCGAAAAUCACUUGAUGGGACAAAAUCAACUUCUGCCUCGCGAACCAAUCUCCAGACAAGCCCAACGAAAACCUUGACGGGGAAGCCUAUUACCGGAACCUCUACAUCAUUCAUUGAUGUAGAAGAGAUCCAAGACUCGGAGGAGGAAAUCAUCCCCUCUCCAAGUCAAGUACAAAAGCACUAUUCCGAUAUCUAUUCAAAAGCCAAGACAGGCAGCCAGGUGCACCACUCCUUGGAUAUCCACACAAAAACACCACCACCAAGUCCGACCAAGCAGAAGGUUGCUUCCUCUAAGAUUUCAGUCAAAAGACCAUUAUCCUCUGCAUCCACCACAGCCACCCACACAGCAGAAUCCUCUAAAGAAAUCAGUCUGGCCGAAAUAUCUGCAAAUAUCACUCAAGCUGUUCGCGUCCAGCCUCGGCUCUCGCCACUGUCAUCAUCGUGCGGUAGCCGUAGUCGACCGACAUGGCAUGAAAAGAUCCUCAUGUACGACCCUAUUGUUCUAGAAGAUUUCACAGCAUGGCUGAAUAUCGAGGGGCUUGGACUUGUGGGCGAGGAUCGUGAGGUUGGCACUGUGUCUGUCAGGGAAUGGUGUGAAAGCAAAGGAAUUUGUUGUUGUUGGAAAAGGAAUGCCAGUUGGUAA